AUGCCGUCAAUACCCGUACACAUCGCCCUCGGCCCCAAUUCCACCCAGACUACUACCAACGAGAACCCGCUGCCCACGCUCCUCCACACGCCCACCGGCCUUGCCCUCCUCGAAAUCCAAGGCACAGUCCACUUUCCUCCACCGCCCGCAAACGGACCAGCGUCUACGCAAAUCGGCAAACUUGUCUUCCCACUCUACAAUCCUUCUAUCAAUGACCCCGAAGACAUCAAGUGGAUGAAGCGUGUGUACAUUUAUGUUGGUAAAGGACAGAGAAUGACGGGGGAGUGUAAGAAGUUGGCGAAGCCGAUUGGCGUCAUGCGAAAGAGAGUUGUUGCAGCAAGGGAGAAACUGGGGGAAGAUGUGGAAAUGGGAGAGGGAAACGAUGAGGGGGUUGGGGCUGGCAACAGGGAGGCCGAAGAAGAGUUGGAGAUUGUCGAGGUGGUGAGAUACUAUGAGGCCAACUUCAACCCUGGUUUCGGGUGCAGGAAGCAUCGCUGGCUGAUCUCGAAUCACUUUAACCACUUUACGCGGCGCCACGGACCGACAAUCAUCUACCGCACAAACCAGAUGCUGUCGCAUCGAUACAAGCCCAAAAAAAUGACUUAUAAGUCUGCACCGCCGUUUCUUGCGCGCAGUUGCAUUCACGCAAAUCUUUGUUCGGAUCGAUUCGAUUCAAGAUGCAUUGUACCACAAUCACGCUUCUGGCCUUACUUACUGGACAAAGUUCAGCCAUCAUUCAAGACUGGCAGCAAUGUGGUGGAAGUAAUUGGUCGGGAGAAACAACAUGUGGACUCAGUGCUGGUUGUUGACUACUACUCCCAAUGUCAACCAGGUGUGACUCAUGAGCCACUACCACAACCCGAUCCUGAGCCUGCUGUUGAGCCGCUUGAGCCGCAACCAGCUACGACUGUCGGUUCACCAACCCCAACAAACGCGCCUUCGAGCACCGGCCCAGGGACAACUCUACAAAGCGGCUACUACUGGAUCCGCGCCGUCGCCGCCCCAAACUUCCACAAAUACAUACAGAGCUCGCCGCUCUACUCCCCUGGCCCCGCCCUCCUUGAAUCCCACACCACGGCCGCCCAACUCCAAGUCGUCUCAGGCCAACUCGUCCAACUCGUCUCGGCCCCCGGCGAGCCCGUCAAACUGCUCUACGCUGUUGUUAACGAAACCCGCGUCAUCAACGACAUGUCACUCGCCGUGACCUUCUCCGAAAGCAAAAACACCUACGGCACAUUUGCUUUUGGCGGCGAUGACCUGCAGUGGAGUGUUGCCGGUGUGAAUCGCCCGAACAAGAGCGCGUGGUAUGUCUGUGCUGGCCAGCGAUUGUACAUUAAUCUGGGGAACUAUGCGUACGGGACACCGACGGGGUGUGCGGACCAGACGAUUCAUUACUACAACGACAAGUCUGCAAACGGCUAG